AUGGGCUACACUCGCCGCGCUGCUGCCAACUUGCUCAGCAGAUUGCGCAACAACUCAGCGCGGAUGGCGGCUUUGGACAGCGGCUUCCGGAACCAGUUGCUAAACCUUGAUGAUGCCAGCAGGGCUUCCUUGAUCACGGCCCUAUGCGAGUGUAACGGGGACUUGGAGGAAAUCAUCAACAAGUGCGGGGCGGUGAAGGCAGACGAGGUUAUGAACCACAAGCGCAAGUGCGGCCUCACUCAGGACGACCCGAAUGCGCCUGGCACCACCUUGUUCUUGCUGUCGAAAGACACGAUGCCCGGCAAGCGCCUUCGCACGGCGGGCGUGGCGGUGGAUGCUUCGAACAUCAGUCAGGUGAGCGAGCUCAUGAAGCCACCCGCGCCCAUCUUCAAGAAGAGAGGCAUAUCGACUCCCACGCCACAGCCUGAGCAGCCGCAGCCCAGCAGCAAGCGUGGCAAGGGAACCAAGACCCCCAAGGAGGUCGCAGAGACUACGCCCCUGCAGAAGGGGCAGUCCCUCGCAACUCAGGUGCUCAAGAAGAAGUCGGAGGCGCUUGAGCUAGGCACCCAAUUGGGCACAAUAGAGUUCGGGCAGAGCCUCAAAAAUACGGUGGAGCAACACGCGGCGAAGUUUGAGGAGCUGUACAAUGGUGUGCGUACCCUCGUGGCCGGGCAGGUGGACCGCGAGGAGGACUACUUGCCGUACGUCAAGCAGUUCCUUGAGGUGAGCCGGAACUACGAGGCCCCGAAGAUGGCGGCGCAGGGCAUGGUGAAGUCCUUAAAGGUGAAGAACGCGCCGAAGAAGAAGGCCAAGGCGAUGUCUGUCAAAAAAUCUGCCAAGAUUGCUGCGGCCUUCCAGCAAGAUGGGGUCCACGGCAGGAACAAAUGCCUUUUUGGCCCUCUCGGGGAGGCCAGCAUCCAACAGUAUUGGGAGAAGGAGGACCCGGCCUUUCUUGCUAGCUUGGGUAUGCAUUUGAUUCACCUUGGCAUUUUGCGUGAUGUGGUGGCCAGCACGCUCGUGAGUCUGCUCCUGACAAAAGAGCUGCACAGCUACGUGAAGUUGGGCAACGAUGCAACGCCUGACGCUGUUUUGCACCGCUUCACAAUCUUAGCGAAGGAAUGGGCGCGCGGGCAGAAACUGGACUUAUCCAUACCUCCACUUACAGAGUCUCGACUUGGGUUCUCUCGACUUGGGUUCGAUGGCAAGUCCUACCCAGAACUUGACAGUCGAGUGAAGGCUGCUCGCACCCGUGUCUUGUUCGAGUUUGUCACCAAAGUUGCACUUGAGAUUGACACUUUGCCAGAUAUGUUUUCUAUUGGCGAAAAAUGA